CAUCAACGUUUCAAUACGCAAGCGCGCCGUAUUUCCUCAGGGACAAGUCGACACCUUUGCGUCGCUAUCACAAGGAUAAGACAUCGCGAUCAGAGAGGUUGUUGGACGAGAAGUGCACCUUCUGUUUCGUUUUCGGAACUCAUUCUACGAGGCAAACACAAUGCCUGCUCAAUCGGAGACAACUUAUCCACUGCAGGACAACGGAGAUGGUAUCGUGAUUUCCAUCCCUGCUCCGCCGACCCAAGCGUCUCCUCGUCACGAAGAGUUAUGGACGGAGAUGCUGGUUCACAGUGAAGCCAUCCGCGACCUCAAAUCAAGGUGGAACACUCUUGCGACGAUAUCCAGGCUUCCUGACGAAGUCCUCGGAGAAGUGUUCUUCCAGCUGAACCUCCUCUACCGCAGCGACGAACUAGAAUGGCGCUUGAGUCAUCGCUACGAGUGGAUCAAUGUCUGUCAAGUCUGCUCGCACUGGCGCACCGUCGCUCUCAGUAGCCCCAGGCUUUGGAGCGACAUUACCGCGACGCGGUCGAUAAACUGGACGAAAGAAGUGCUUGCGCGGUCUCAGUACGCGCCCCUCCGCGUGCAAAUCGCAAUGACCAACAUGGCCGAUGGCAUGGACAAGGCGGCUCGAUUGUUUCUGGCGGACCUUGCACGCAUCGAGGAGGCGGUCGUCGGUGUCUCGACAGAGGCGUUUGAAAUCCUGGAUGCCCUCGACGCCCCCGCGCCAGUUCUCCGGUUUCUCACCGUGAAAGCGGUACACCACAGAACUUUUAGGCCGCCUGGAGCACAACGGACCAUCCCUCCUCUGCACGUCUUGGCGCGCCCCUUCAUCAACCGUUUGGAACAGCUGACUCUCUUUGGCUGCCCUUUCCCAUGGAAUACCCCCGUGUCCUUCACAUCCCUCUCACAUCUCAGGCUAGUCGGGACAGGCGCUGAGCGACCUCCGAUGUCUGAUGUCAUGGCUACCCUAGCGCAUCUGCCACUAUUGGAGUGCGUCGACCUCGAGGAUACACUUCCUGUCCUUCCGGAGGACGUCACCUCAGUGCCAGCAUCCUCGAUGUCCGUCGAUAUGCGUCGCUUGAGAAAUCUGCGGUUGGUAGGGGAAACUAUUGACUGCGCCCACUUCCUUAGGUGCCUCACGUUCCCCGAAUCGAUCAGCCUCACUCUGCAAUGCACGUCGAAGAGGGGCCUGGUCGAUCUCGUAUCCUGCAUCCAGGACAAAACGCCGCUGAUCCGGCAACCUCGCACUUUAGUGCUCGACGAAGACUUCGCUGAGUCCAGCUUCCGUGUAAGGACGAUGGUAAAGUAGUUUAGUCAGCGCCUUAGUCAGCGACCCGGAGUCCGCCGAAGGACCGUUUUAUAGCUGACGCGCCCCGUUGCUCUCGUCGUCUUUUCCCCAUCGUUGUACACCGCUCGCCCCUGCAAUAUACAGGCUUUGGCUAGCUCAGUAC